AUGGCACCAGCAGCAGCAGAAUCGGCCUCGCCGAUUGGUAUCGCUAACCUUCCCAACCAGCGGCACAAAAUAGUCGCGAAAAGAGGUGCUGCUUUCACAAUCAUGGUGGCAGGUGAAUCCGGACUAGGAAAGACCACAUUCAUCAACACUCUAUUCUCAACAACAAUCAAGAACUACGCCGACCACAAGCGAAGGCACGCAAAGCAGGUUGACAAGACUGUUGAGAUUGAAAUCACGAAGGCUGAAUUGGAAGAGAAGUUCUUCAAGGUCCGGCUUACGGUCAUCGAUACACCCGGCUUCGGCGACUAUGUCAACAACCGAGACUCAUGGCAGCCCAUCAUCGAGUUCCUGGAUGACCAGCACGAGUCAUAUAUGUUGCAAGAACAGCAGCCAAAACGUAAUGACAAAAUCGACCUUCGAGUUCACGCCUGCUUGUACUUCAUUCGUCCUACCGGUCACACACUCAAGCCUCUAGAUAUCGAGGUGAUGAAGAGGUUGUGCACACGUGUCAACUUGAUCCCAGUCGUCGCAAAGGCCGAUACCCUAUCUCCAGCAGAUCUGAUCAGGUUCAAGCAAAGAGUCAGGAACGUUAUUGAGGCACAAGGCAUCAAGAUCUACCAGCCGCCUAUCGAGGAAGACGAUGAAGCAGCAGCACAACACGCGAGAGCUCUAAUGGCCGCCAUGCCUAUGUCCGUGAUUGGUAGCGAGAAAGAUGUCAAGACUACUGAUGGUCGUAUUGUCAAAGGCAGGCAGUACGCCUGGGGUGUUGCCGAAGUUGAGAAUGAAGACCACUGCGACUUCAAGAAGCUGCGCUCGAUCUUGAUUAGGACACACAUGCUGGAUUUGAUCCAUACCACUGAAGAGCAACACUAUGAGGUCUACCGAGCACAGCAAAUGGAGACUCGUAAGUUUGGAGAGGCACGACCAAGAAAACUCGACAAUCCCAAGUUCAAGGAGGAAGAGGAAGCCCUGCGAAAGAGAUUCACCGAACAGGUCAAGGUUGAGGAGCAGAGGUUCCGAGCCUGGGAGCAGAAACUCAUUGGCGAGCGAGACCGUCUCAACAAGGAUCUUGAGGCCACUCAUGCUGCCAUCAAGCAGCUCGAACAAGAACUCGAACAGAUGCAGGGCAGUGCUGUGAGAUCUCAUGGUCGCCGCUAG